GGUCAAGAUAAAGGAUCAAUAGCACACAUUCCUCUCCUCCGUCCUACACUCCGACCUCUUCCGUACUCCCCUCCUUUCGCUACACCAUCACCGCCAUAUUUAGGAAAGCUACAGUUCCUCAAAUCUGAUCAUCGAUUCAUCACCUCUUCUUAUGAACCCACCGCAAGACUACAUAGACCAUACCAUCUACCACUCCAUCCAUUAGUCACACGAUCUCAACUUCCCAACUACACACAAACAUCCGUCCAUCAUGGCUGCUCCUCGUGCGUCUUCCUUCAAAGCGCUUCGCAACCUUCAACGAUCCUCUGGGUCGACUCCGGCCAAACGGGGACUCCACAUAACCGGAGUUCACGCCCAUCCACGACCCAUUGAUCCUACUCACAAGACCACCUACAUGCCGUGGAAUCUACAAGACCUUCGUCAAGAAUGCCAAAAACGCACCCUCUCGGCCUCUGGAACCAAACACGAGCUCAUUGAUCGCCUGGCUGGUCAUGACAGCUUGCAGGCACGGGCCUUCUCCAUGGCAAUGAGGCGCAUUGCUGUUGAACAAACCAAGAAGCCGGUAUCUGGUCCUUCCGAAACCGGCGGUCAGCGACACUUCAAUACAUCGCGAGAAUCCAAAGCUGUCCAUGAUUCGUCAACCAUUGACUUCGCCUACCUACCCAGACUCUUCGAACAGCAAUAUGGUCCCCAGCCACCGGAGAUCCGAGUUCCCAUUCUGCCAGACAUCAGCUCACAAGAGGCGGAAGCGGUCCUGGAGAGAUACCCCGAGCUCGAUGCAGCUGCAGGAGGUUAUCAAGACACGCAGGGUGCAGAAACGAUCAUGAAGCCUCAGAUAUCUGCGGUUGGCGAUGCCCUAGGCACACCGGCCAGUGCGAUGAGCGACUUACAUGAUGGUCAUCAUGAUAAAGAAAUGUCGGUCGACAUGCUCACAGUGUUCACCGAAAAGGCGGGCAACAGCGCCCAACAAUUUGCCAAUAUGGUCAAAGACAAAGACGAGCAGACCAUCCGCAAGGUUUGGUCCGGUUUUCUUGAUGAUCUGUUGGGUGGCCCACAGAAAGGUGCCAGAGCAUGAGCUGUGCGGUGUCGCAUGAUUUCGUGGACGCCGACGCUUCGACGAUUAUGACUGCCUGCAGAACGCGUUGUCUUUCCCUUAAUAAUACGAAGUCCUUUUGGAGGCUGGGAGAUGAGACCCUCGCUGACUUGGACAUUAUUCUUCUGUGCACUGCGCACUUGUCGCUCCCUGAUAUGUUUUGCUUAGAACGAUCUUCCAUUUCAUGGUUGCUCUGCUUCCCUUCCAGACUUGACGCGUCCGUAGUGUCUUUGGCAGUCUCCACAUUAUGUCUCAUCGGCUUAGCUGCACGAGGAGGCAGUGCAUACAGACUAUGUACGGAGCACAUGCAACCUUCAACGGAGCCCCUGAAC